AGCUCCGCAGCUCUCACCAACUGAUUUUCUGAGCCACAGCUUGGCAAGUGAAAGUCUGUGUUUACACACUCUCUCUUUCUAGGUACGUCCUUCCUCCUGUCUUCCUCUGGAUCCGAUAUUAUUACGCAGCUUCUUGUAUAGGCUGAUGUUCUCAGGGGUGCCGAGGCAGCUAUGAAUGUGAAUACCUUGGGUCUGCCCACCAUGUCUCAGUGUCCCAGCAAAGCAUUCUGGGGCACUCGCAGAGGUCCGAUCAUGCGCCGACAGAGGGAGUUUAUGCCGGAAGAGAAAAAGGACACAGUUUACUGGGAGAAACGGAGAAAGAACAAUGAGGCAGCCAAGCGGUCACGGGAAAAGCGACGUCUCAAUGAUGUGGCCAUUGAAGGCAGGCUGACCAUGCUGCUGGAGGAGAACGCUAUCCUAAGGGCGGAGCUGCAAGCGCUCAAACUUCGAUUUGGCCUUUUGCCUUCGGUGUGUGGUUCCCGGACGUCGCCCUUGCAGGCCUUGCUAUGGAAAUCUUCCUGGACUGGGGACUCCCAUUCAGGGGCUGACUCGUUCUUAUCUUUGCCUGGUGCCCAUGACUGCUUCUUCAAACCAUGUGCCUUGGAUUCUGGGAUUCCGGGUUGCUCAGGCUGCCUGGUGGCUCAGGGGUGGGCGGGCUUAGCUGCUUCCCCUAGAUUCUUGCAGGAGUCAGAGCCCAUGACCCCUAGGAUGGUUGACAGAACCUUUCAUUCCACCUUCCCAGCUGCUGUCUUUGGUUGUCACUUCUUAGAUGGGCACGUGGGACCCAGAGCAGAGCUCAAGUCUUGUUGUAGGCUGUGGUCUCCUGUGCCUACUGGAUCCCAUGCCCUAGGGCCCUCAGAUAUAUCACCGACAUCCUCUGAGAGUUCCAUGGGGUGUUCACCUGGUAUGACCUGCCCUGUCCUAGGUGACAGGUCUGAGGGUCUGGCUCAGACUUCCCUGCCUCACAAGCUGCGCAUCAAAUCCCAAGCCGUAAGCAGCUUGUGUUGAGGAUGGGAGGUGAGCCAGGCAAGCCUCCGAGAGCUGCCUCUGACCAGGCCCAGACUGGCAAUGCAGUGGUUAAAACUUGAGUGUGGGUUUGGAGAAAGGACGCUAAGAACUGGGCAGGGCCUGUAGGCAGGUGCCCUCGCCGGGAGGGUCUGCUCCUAGAGCCAAGAUCAGGGCUCUAGGUGAGGAGGGGAUGAGUCCCACAUUGGAUAAUGUCAUAAUUUUUACUUUGCUUUGAAAUCUGAAUUGUGGCUGCAUCGUCUCUUCACUCCUCACACCCACUCAGCCAUCGGUCCAUCCAGUGCUUGUCGCUGUCCAUUUCUGCUUCAUCUUCACACCAGCCAAUUCAUCUUCCUCCAUCUGCCCAAUCAUUUGCUCAUCUUUUAUAUGUAUCUAGUUUCAUUUUCCCGCCUGUGUCUUUCUAUCCAUCCUUCCACCUAC